AAAACCCAUUCGCCGGCCACAGCGACGACGAUCCCUUCAUUUAUACGCACAGCUCGCCUCGCUCCUCGGCAGAGAUCGCAUAGACAUACAUACAUACAACACAAGCAUCCGUCGCCGAUCGCAUGAGCGUUGCACAAGCAACUCGACCAGAUCGAUUGAUCCCUUGCAGUUAGCUUGAGCGAUGCCUUGCUUGGCGCACCACCACCACCCCAGGCUCCCGGCCACUAACCACUGCAAGUCCCUCUCCUGCCUCAUCCGGGAGACCUAUGCGCACUGCCAUGUCCCCUGCCUCAGCAUCCCCGGCGCCGGUUGGAGCUCCGACGAUGACAGCGACGACGACGACGACGCCGCGCUCGACACCAAACAGGUGAUACUUAACGAGAUGAGGAGGCGGCAGCUGAAGAAGGAGUCGAGGAGCAGCGUGGACUCGCCGGCUCUGUCGAGCGCCUUCGUGUGGUCGUUCACCCUGCUCGAUCCGAGAAGCGUUCUCGAGAAGGUGUCGAGCCCUGAGAAGUUCGUCGUGGUGGAAGGGGAGAAGGAAGAGGCGGAGGCGGGCAGCGAAGCCGGCGACGUGGAGAGCGAGGCGUUCUUCUCGGUGAAGAGCUUCUUCACGAGCAGCACGAGCCGGGCAGCGACCGUGGCAUCGUUGACGGACAUGGGCCCGCCGGCGACGUGGGAGGGCUUCCGGGACUGCGAGGGGUGGCCGUUCGGGCUGUGCCGCCGCCCCGCCGUGCCGCCGCUGCCCAGCACGCCGGCCGACUCCUGGAAAUGGCGCAAGCGGAGCAACCUCGCCGCGAGCCCGCGCCCUGCUUACAGUUACAAGACCACGACAACUUAAGCGGCGCCGCCGUUUGACAAACAAGAAACUUAAUGGCGUGUUUGGAUUGGGUACAAAUUUUGCGUGCUCUCGGGUAUUCAGUUCACAAGUGAGCUGAAUACUGGGCGCACACAGAAAUCACGCUCAGUCUACGUUGUCCUCGUUGACAUGGUUUGGGAGUGUUGUAGACCUGUAGUAGUAGUAGUUUCGUUAUUUCUUCUCCUAGGACGAAUUUGCAGUUUAUCUCCAAGCGUUGGAGCGAUCGUAAAUCUCAAUAACUCACAGGCAUGCACUUCCGGAUUUUGUAAGCUGAUCAAUGCACUAGUUUCUUGUUUGUC